AUGAUUACCUUUCAUCGGUUGACAUUCUGUUUCUAUAUUUCAGGACCAAGCGAAACCCUUCGUCCCAAUCCAACUGAAUUAAAGGUUUGGGUGAAAAUUGAAGAAAGAGCGGUCAGAAGAGAAGAAUCCACUUCCACUAUGGACAUUGAAGAUCUAAAACAAGUGGUAUUCAAAGGACAAAAUGACAGAGAUUUAUACGAAGCCUAUUAUCGCAAUCAGCCAUUGGGGCCUGAAGAACAAGUUCCAUCGGAUACGACCAGUGGUCAACCGAUCGUAUUUAAAAAAAUAGCCGAACCUCCACCAACAGCUUCUGGCGGUCCGCCUCUUUUCCUGCCAAAGCCAAUUACGCCAUCCUUUAUAUCGACAGACUAUCAUAUUAUUGUUGAUAAUUCAAAUAUAUUUAUUGGUUCUCAAACUAUACGUGAUCCAAAAACUGGAUUAAAUCAAAAAAAUUCAGCUAUUCGUGUAAAUGUUAAGAAUCUUGUAAGAGUACUUGAAGACGGUAAAUUAAAAAUAUGUAUUAAAUCACGUAUUGUUGGUGGAAGUGUUGAUGAAAGUAUACCACGGGAUAAUGCACAGGUUUGGACUGAUUGGGAAUCUUGUGGUUAUAAAUGUAUACUGGGAGUGCGCUCGAAGAAUGGCCCAGAAGUGUUCGUGGACGAUAUGUUGCAUGCUCAAAUUUUAACUAUCCUUCAUAGUUAUAACAAUACUCAGAGAUCACAAGUUCUUGUUUUGGUUACUGGUGAUGGAAAUAGAAACAAGAAUCAAACGAGUUUUUCUGAUACUGUAGAGAGAGUAUUGGCAAGUGAUUGGAGCGUGGAACUUUGGUCAUGGAAACAAUCAUUAAACUCAUGUUAUUUUAAUAUUCAGAAAUUCUUUCCAAGUCGAAUGACAAUUGAAUAUUUAGAUUCUUAUAGAAACAAUAUUACAUUUAUACAAUAA